UUUUAUUACCGCAUCCAACUUAACUCGGUGUUGAGGUGUUUUCGCAGAGAACGUAUAUAUUCUACGUUCUCUGGCUUUCGGUCCUGUCAAUUUUAUCAUAUAAAACUCGUGUAGCGUGAAACUUUACGAAACAUAUAAAUUAAAGAAUCAAUACUUUCUACGUAACUUUGAACCACAUUAAACUUUUAAUAUGGCUUUACCAGUCGGCGUAAAGGAACGUUUAGAAGUUGUAUAUGAUGUUGCGAAAACCACUUUUCAUUGGGGUUUCAUUCCAAUGGUUAUUUAUUUGGGUUUCCGAAAAGGCGCUGAGCCCGGUAUGCCACCACUGACGCUAUUCAGCUUGCUUUGGCAAUAACUGCGUAGUUGACUCGCUUAAGGGGUGGGAUUCAUAAAUUUAAAAUUACAGAAGUUGCAAAUAAUUUGUAUUAGUAGUGACGACUAUGUUAUAUGACUAUGUUAUAAAUAAAAUUGGAAAUUAUUUAGCGGUUUACUUCUAAAAAGGUAUU